AUGGAAAAAACCUCGUACUUCAAUAUUGCAUACACUACAAUUUUUCUAGCCAUAAUAACAUCUACCAAUAGCCUUAGCCUUGCAACAGAUCAAUCUUCCCUUCUUGUUUUAAAAUCCCAAAUCACUUUAGACCCUUAUGGUAUUAUUACAACCAACUGGACAAAUCCGAGCUCCGUCUGCAGUUGGAUCGGCGUCACUUGUGGGGCCCACAAUAAUCGAGUUACCGCACUGAAUAUUUCUUUCAUGAACCUUUCGGGCACGAUCCCACCACAACUAGGACUUCUACCUAAACUCGAGGUUCUCUCCCUACGAAAUAACAGUUUUACCGGUUCCAUACCAAGUUCUCUCUCUAAUCUGACAAAUCUACGAGUUCUUGAUUUUUCGUUCAAUUUUCUUGAAGGGGAUAUUCCACGAGAGUUUGGGAUGCUUCAAAGGCUGCAAACCUUGAGCAUUCAAUACAACCGUCUCUCGGGGAAUAUACCGUCACCCGUAUUUAACAUAUCGACUCUGAAAGCUAUAGCUUUAUCAGGAAAUGAAUUGAGCGGUAAUCUUCCAAGUGAUAUGUGUAGUAAUCUUCCACUUCUUCAAGGAAUUUACCUAUCUACUAAUAAGAUGAGUGGCGAAAUUCCGUCGAAUCUAUCCGAAUGUUCGCAACUUCAAAUAAUCGCUAUGGCUUACAACUCAUUUAGUGGGCAAAUACCGAAAGAAAUCGGCAAUCUAAAAUUUCUCCGGGGAUUGUUUCUCGGCGGUAACAAUUUAAGUGGUGUUAUCCCGGCGGAGAUUGGCAAUCUUCCGAACCUGGUCGAGUUUGCCGUUGAAAGGAAUCAUCUAACCGGCUCGAUUCCACGAACUAUUUUCAAUAUUUCCUCUCUCCAACUUCUAUCGCUAUACCUCAAUGAAUUGUCCGGAAGCCUCCCGAAAGAUAUCGGAAAUCUUACAAUGCUCAAAUCCUUGGAACUCAUCUCCAACAACUUAACAGGUGGUUUACCGCGAGAAAUUGGCAAACUUCGCGAGCUGAAUAAACUAUAUUUACAAUUUAAUGCCUUCACCGGUUUGAUUCCAGUUGAGCUCUUUAACAUGUCGAAUCUACGAAUUCUUGGACUCUCGGAUAACCGUUUCUCAGGCGGUCUUCCUACCAAUAUGAAUUACGAGUUACCCUCUCUCGAAGGACUUUACCUCAGUGUAAAUUACCUUAGUGGAGAAAUACCACACUCCAUCGUUAACUGUUCUAAACUCAGAAUUCUCGAACUCGGUUCUAAUAACUUCACCGGUUUCGUACCGCACUUUCUCAGCAACUUAAGACUCCUAGAAACUCUUAACCUAUUCGGCAACAAUCUAAGAACCGAACCAUCUUCUUCGGAAAUGAGCUUCGUAACUUCCUUAACAAAUUGCCGAUUUCUAAAACAGCUUGUGUUAGAUCAUAAUCCUCUAAACAGCUUCAUUCCAGCUUCCAUUGGAAACUUUUCUACGUCGUUGCAAAUGUUCCACGCCUCCAAUUGUGGUAUUAAGGGUAGUGUCCCGUUAGAAAUUGGCGAUUUAAGCGGCAUCGUGAGACUUUCUUUAACCGAUAACGAGUUAUCCGGUAACAUUCCACUUUCUAUUAAAAACAUGCGGAAGCUUCAAGGAUUAUAUCUGCAAAACAAUGAUAUCGGAGGUUUCAUUCCGGAGGGUAUGUGUGAUCUACGGAGUUUGGUCGAAUUACGUUUAAGCCGUAAUAAAUUCUCCGGUGUGAUACCGGAAUGUUUAGGAAGUAUCGCAUCUUUAAGAUCUCUCUCUCUAGAUUCCAACAUGUUUAGUUCGAGCAUACCAUCUAGUGUGUGGGGCCUCAACGAUUUGCUGGAGCUAGACUUGUCGUCGAAUUCGUUCAGUGGAUUUUUACCUCCUGAAAUAGGUAAUUUAGUGUCGGCAACUCUGAUAAAUCUAUCGAUAAACCAGUUGUCGGAGUCUAUUCCGAGCACGAUCGGGAAGUUAAUAUCGUUGACUAAUUUGUCUUUGGCGAAUAAUUUUCUAGAAGGUUCUAUUCCUGAGUCGAUCGGGAGCAUGAUAAGUUUGGUAAGUCUAGACAUGUCUUAUAAUAACCUCUCGGGUUCGAUCCCGAAGUCUUUGGAAACACUUCAACACCUCGACUACUUGAAUAUCUCUUUUAAUGAUUUGAGCGGAGAAAUUCCGACCGGUGGUCCUUUCGUAAAUUUCACUAUGGAUUCUUUUAAGGGUAAUGAUGCAUUAUGUGGAAACGAAAGAUUCCAUGUACCACGUUGCAUCCGAAAUGUUCCCAAACACGGGUCAAGAAUGAAAAGGGCACACUUGGCAUUAUUUAUUCUUGCUGGGAUUGUCGCAUUUAUCUCCGUCGUCGGUUUGACCGUCAUCGUCAUCAUAAGGCACAAAAGAAAAGACACGGCAAUCGGUGCAAUCGAUGGGAUUUUAUCUGCUGCGCCCGAGAGAAUUUCUUAUUAUGAACUGUUAGAAGCAACUGAACACUUCAGCGAGACGAAUUUACUAGGUCGCGGGGGUUUUGGAUCCGUUUAUAAAGGUGUUCUAAAAGAUGGGAAGGUUUUGGCUGUAAAGGUGUUCGACUCGCUAUCGGAAGCUGUUUCCAAGAGCUUUGAUGUCGAAUGUGAGGUACUACGUACUAUCCGUCACAGAAAUCUCACCAAAGUUAUUAGCAGUUGCUCGAACAAGGAUUUCAAGGCACUUGUACUUGAAUACAUGCCGAACGGAAACCUCGAUAAAUGGCUAUAUUCACACAACUAUUGCUUGGAUCUCGUGCAAAGAUUGAAUAUAAUGAUUGAUGUUGCAUCUGCUUUGGAAUAUCUUCACCAUGGCUAUUCGACACCAAUUGUUCACUGCGAUUUGAAGCCAAGCAAUGUCUUGUUGGACGACGAAAUGGUUGCACAUGUGAGUGAUUUUGGGAUCGCAAAGUUGUUAGGCGAAGGCGAGAGCGUUGUGCACACAAGCACCCUAGCAACAAUGGGUUACAUUGCACCAGAGUAUGGUUCGGAAGGGCUUGUUUCUACAAUGUGUGACAUUUAUAGUUACGGGGUGAUGCUUAUGGAAACAUUUACACGAAAAAGGCCGAGUGAUGAUAUGUUUGUGGAGGGUUUGAGCUUAAAGAGUUGGGUCGAAAGCUCGAUUCACCGGUCAUCGAGUGAUGUUAUUGAUGCCAAUUUAUUGAAUGAACAAUCGUUGAAGGAAAACCGGCAUUGUGUAACGUCCAUUCUUGAGUUGGCUUUGAAGUGCUCUGCAGAAUCUGCGGGUGAUAGGAUAAACAUGAAAGAAGCUUUGGCAGAGCUGCGGAAAGUCAAAGAUCGACUUCCGCGCAUUAUGCAUGAGUAUGAGACGCCAAACACUUUGUUAAUUGUUAAGGCCGAAUAAAUCUGACCGCGUUGCAGUUUCUGUAAUGUAUCAAAUUUAAUGGGUUCGAGAGUUUCUAAUAAUGUCAUAGAUAUUACAUGAAAACAUAAUCAUAUUUGUCGGAGAAUGAAUC